GCAACAAUAACAACAACAUGUGUGAGAUGAGUUGUGCGACUACGACUACAACUACGCCGCCAACAACGACUACGACGAUGGUGGUGCUGUGCUCUGCUCUGUGUGAUGAUCAUCAUGAUGAACAUAACAAAACAUGAAACGACAGAUAUUGAAGUGUAGCAAAAGAACUUGAACACAAUCAGUUUACUGUUAGCACUGAACCGGGUAACACAACAGCAAAAUAUUAUUGCACAUGAACUGAAACAAAUCUAAGAAACAAACAGAAAAAAAUAUAGCUACAAAUUUGCGUCGUGUGUUUCUCGUGUGACUAAUAAAACAAAUUAUUAACAAUACUAUUGCCAAUAAUAAUAAUUAUUAUUCUAUCGGUUCUAAGUUUGUAAAAUGCAUAACUAGAACAUGUUUGAGAAAAAAAUAAUAAUGAAAUGAAAUUAGAACAAGUGAAAAUACCGGCAGAAUACAGCAAAACUAAAAUAGAAUUGUGAAAUACCUAACUAGUUUGGAAAAUAAAAUAUCAUAACCGACGGCCUGACCAAACACCAAACAAAAUAGUCAUAAUACCAUGCAAAAAAUAAUCGAAAAAAGUGUUGUUUACUUAGAGCCUAUCCAUGGUGAAUGAAUGUGUGCAUGCGUGGUGUUGUAUUUCCGCCUCUGGAAAUUAUUAACAUAAAUUCUGUGUUUUUUGGUGCAAAUUGAACGUGAAAUUACUCUGAAUUUAUUCAAGAAAUUAAAUCAUAUUAAAACUGUUGUUUGCCAUACAAAUUUACAAGUUUCGAACAAAGCCCUUCUUAUUGCUUGUUUAAAUAAAAACAAAUAAAAAAGAAAAAAAUCAAAAAUAAAAAUAAACCGAAUUGUGGCCAAAGGCUGCAAGUGUCCAAGUUAUUGAAGAGGAAGACUUGUCUUAUUAAAAAAAAGACACCCAGACACACAAACACACAAUAAAAAUGGAUUUAUCAGCAUUAUUAAGUUGUAUUUUACACUGGGUGGUUAUGUAUCUAACCAUUACCCAAGUUAGCUGUGAAAAGACCCACAAACCUGGUCGGGGGAGAGGUUCCAUGUGGUGGGGCAUUGCCAAGGUGGGCGAACCCAACAAUAUUUCACCCAUUAGUUCGGGUAUCAUGUAUGUCGAUCCGGCCAUACACACCACAUUGCGACGCAAACAACGUCGUCUGGUGCGUGACAAUCCUGGGGUCUUGGGUGCCUUGGUGAAGGGAGCCAAUUUGGCUAUUAGCGAAUGCCAGCAUCAAUUUAGAAAUCGUCGUUGGAAUUGUUCAACGCGUAAUUUUCUAAGAGGCAAAAAUCUAUUUGGAAAAAUUGUGGAUAGAGGAUGCCGUGAAACUGGUUUCAUUUAUGCCAUAACCAGUGCCGCCGUCACCCAUUCCAUUGCCCGCGCCUGCAGCGAGGGUUCCAUUGAGUCUUGCACCUGUGACUAUAGCCAUCAGACGCGCUCACCCCAGGCCAAUGCCCAGGCUGGCAGUGUGGCCGGUGUACGCGACUGGGAAUGGGGUGGCUGUUCCGAUAACAUUGGUUUCGGUUUCAAAUUCUCACGUGAAUUUGUGGAUACCGGUGAACGUGGCCGCAAUUUGCGAGAGAAAAUGAAUUUGCACAACAAUGAGGCAGGAAGAGCGCAUGUGCAAGCUGAAAUGCGUCAAGAGUGCAAAUGUCACGGCAUGUCUGGCUCAUGUACCGUUAAAACCUGCUGGAUGCGUUUGGCCAAUUUCCGGGUGAUUGGUGAUAAUCUCAAGGAUCGUUUCGAUGGUGCCUCCCGGGUAAUGAUGAGCAAUAGUGUAAGGGCCAGCGGCAGUGCAAAUGCUGUGGGAGGUUCAAAUAUCAGUCCCAAUGCUGUGGGUGUCUCACCCAAUGCCUUAUCUCCGAAUGCCGCCAGUCCCAAUGCCUAUGAUGAGGAACGCAGGCUCAACGAUGAACAUGUCGUCAAACAUCAUCCAAAUAUGCCAUCACCAAAUAGUCUACCCAAUCAGAGCGGUGUGUCGCGGAACAGUGUGCGUGGUCGUCAAGGUCGGCAAGGGCGUAAAAACAAUAGAUAUUCCUUUGUUUUGAAACCCCACAAUCCGGAUCACAAGCCACCAGGCACCAAGGACAUUGUCUACUUGGAGCCCUCACCAUCGUUCUGUGAAAAGAAUCUGCGUUUGGGCAUUCAGGGCACCCAUGGACGCCAGUGCAACGACACAUCGAUUGGUGUUGAUGGCUGCGAUCUGAUGUGCUGCGGCCGUGGCUAUCGUACCCAAGAGGUGGUCGUGGUGGAGCGUUGUGCCUGUACAUUCCACUGGUGCUGUGAAGUCAAGUGUAAAUUGUGUCGAACGAAAAAGACGAUACACACGUGUCUGUAAGGCCAUGUCAAAGCCGAACGAUGUCGAGAAGAGACCUUGUGUCCAAGAGCGCAAGGCUUGUUAUUUGUUGUAGUGUUUAUUAUUAUAUUUUUUUAUAAAAUAUUCUCCUCCUCCUCCUCCUUGCCCCGUAUCAAUAAUUCCCCCAGCUUGCCAUCCCCACUCCCUCCCGCCUGUUUAGAUCGUCGACAUACUUUGUAGUAUUCAAAAUACAGGAUUUGCUGCGAAUAAACUUUUGCGAAACAAAAUGGAAAUUGAAACCCACAAGAGUUGUUCGUUGGCUUGUCUUGUAUUUGACAACAAAUUAAUUUGCCAUACUUUGUAAAUGUCACUGUAAAUUAAUAAUAAGCCACAUACAUACAUACAUUCACGUGU